AUGAAACCGACUAUGACGAGACGGCUUGCGGCGGGUUACCUGAUCGUCGCAAUCCUCGCAAGCCUCGUUCUGCAAGGACUGGCUGCACGAAGGGAUCUGCAAGAAAUCCCGGGAGUGCGAACGUACAAGGUGACGGUGGGGGGAGUGCUGCCAUACCACAUCCGCCCGUGGCACCGCGGUGUGCAGUGGGACUGGACGCCCCCCAAGCUAUACCCUCAAUAUGUUCUGCCCAAAUGGAGAAGCUGUGAUUGCUCCGGCUCAAGACUCCAACCUUCCCUCAACCGCCGCAAUCCCCCAUCCCUACCUCCCCCCCCCCCCCACACCCAUUUCUUCCUCCCCUACAAUGUUCCGUUGGGUGAGCCCUCUCACUCACGACUUGCGCCUCUUUUGAGUCCGAAGGCAACUUUAACACCUGCGAUUUCUCCGGCUCAAAACUCAUCUCCCUUCCCUCCCCCUCCCUCCUCUGCAGUUUUCCGUUGGGUGAGCCCUAUCACUCACGACGUGCGUCUCUUUGAAUCCGAAGCCAAGUAUAAAGCCUGCGAUUUCUCCGGCUCAAAACUCAUCUUCCCUUACUCGCCAGUCGGAUGGAUGCUGUAUUGGAUCAAACCAGACAUGGUCGGAACAUCAAUCUACUUCGGGAGCAGCUUUAUCGGCGAUUGCAAGGCAGGAUUGAAGGUUAAGUUUACUGUCUAUCCGUAUGGUAAAUCCAAGAAGGGUCUAGACAGAAAGAACGCUAACAUGACUAGCAACAGCACCCCUACUGCUGGUGGAGGAGGGGCGUGA